AUGAAGGCAAGGUUCAACUGCUCCGUUCCACUCCGACAUGACCUAGGUCUCGCCGAUAUGAGCGGACAUGAGGAUGUGAUCGACGGACAAUGGGAGAGAGGCGUGAUCAAGGCACUCGCAGCCGUGAAGCCACGAAGCCACGAAGCCACGAAGGUACGAAACGACAUGGAAUGCGGCCCUAGUCGUGCUGUGCGCUUCAUGGAGGGCUCGUGCGAGAUCGCGAUGGCUGAGGACAUGGCCGAGCGUCUCGGAUAUAUUGAUCAACAUGGCCCGUUGACGACGGCCAGCGACGGCCAUCUGACGCAGCACGCAGCGGACCUCAUGAGGCCGUGGGAGAGAAGGGAGAGAAGGGUUCUGCCACUUGCUUCCCUCCCCCCUCUCACUUUCUUUCCACCUACCUUAUCCCAAGUCCCAGCCCCAGCGGCAGCUCUAUCCUCUGUCCUGUCUUCCCCUUAG